AUGCGAAACUAUAUUUCCUUUUUUGCAAUUUUUAUUGUGGCAGAGAUUUCUCAGCAAUCUUUGUCCUUUGUUCACAGCCCAUCGCUUGUGAGAAAUACUGCUCUCUUGGGUGUCAAUAAGAACUUGCCCCAUCCAGAAUAUACCAUUGAUGACGAAUCAGACACAACAGAGAGUACCACCCCCGUAGACAAAGGAGAAUAUUUCUCGGUCACUCAAACAAAGGAAGAGUCAAAGGAAGAGCCAGAAGUCUCAAAGGGUGGUCCACCCAUUCAGAAACCAGAGUACGGUGCCUUGUCACAAGGAACAGUUAUGAAAAUUCAGGUUGGUGACAUUGCUCUAGCCAGAAAAGCAUGGAAGAAGAGAAGGAGAUCAGGAUCGCCUCUCCUCGUCCCUUGCAGUGUCUUGAAUGUUGAUCGGCAAUCAAUGGUUCGGUGGAAUAUGAUUUACCUCCUUGAAAAGUUUGGAUUGAGCAAGAAGGAUGGAAUUGAAAUUUCUGCCAGCGACAUGGCAAACAGGUAUCGUACAUUUUUGAAGUCUUCCCUCCAGAACCAAGCAGAUGCACUUUCAUAUUCGUCAAACAACGAAAUGAUCAAGGACCUUUUCAACAAGAAGACUCAAGAGUCCUAUGGAGUACGUCUCGUGGAGAAGGACGACCAAUUGUUUUUAAAGGCUCCAAUCUCAAAGUCGAAAGCCCACCAAAGAACAGCAAAGACACCAGUUCUUCAGUUCCGGCUUCCAAAGAAAGGGGAUCACGGAGACGAGGACACCAUGACUCACACCGGGUAUUUGAGAGCCCGAAAGGAGGACAAAGAGUACGGUUUUCUUCCACUUUCAGCAGCACUUCGUGUCUCGCAAAAAGAUGAUGUUGACAGUGGUCGUGUGGAAGAAGGAAGCAUUCACCCUGCAGUUGUUUUCGACUAUGAUGCCAUGGGAGAUGGCGGUUCGCCGCUACUCACACUUUCGUUGAAUCCUCGCGGAACUCGGGAUAACUUGAAGAUGAAAACAGAUAGAAGAUUCAUGCCAAUCGAGGACCCCAAGUGUAUGUUCAAUGAGCUCAAAGUUGGUCAGGGCCCGUACCAGGCAAAGGUUGUACAAAUGCUUCCAGGCAGAGCAUUGGUCGAUAUGCAAGUUGGACGGGAAGUCUCACAAGCGGGUAUGGUGAACGUUCUAGGCACGCUUCAAUUCAAAGAUUCUUUCGAAUCCGAUCCAAGUGUGGCAAAAAAGAGCAAGUGGCUCAUUAAGGAUUUCGAUGACAACGAUGAUGAUGAUGAUUAUGAAGAUGACUCGGAAUCUGUCAUUGCGGCUUCUCUUGAGGACUUGGAUUUUGACGAAGAAGAAGACUUUGACGAAGAGGAUGAAGCUGGUAUUGCAGAGCAACUUUUGGCGUUAAGAGACUCGUCGACAUUUGAAGAGGGAACCUUCGAAGAAGGAGAAGAGGAAGAAGACAUCUCCAAUAACUUUGAAGUCAACGACGACGGAUCGAUCCUGUUCACUGACCCAGAUACCGGUAAACCAAUCCUACUCAACGAAGACGAUGGAGAGGAAGCCCCAAAGGGAUUCGGCUCCAAAAUGGUGAAGGAGAAACCUUCGAAGAACCGAAAGUUUAAAAUCAUGAACCAUCAGGCUGCCGAGGAACCAAAGACCCGCAUAGUUUCGAAGCAUCUGAAAGUCGGCGACGUUGUAGACGUGUACGUUCGCACUGUUUCCAAGCAAUCUGGACAAUUUGCGGUUACGACAAAUCCCGCGGUGCAAGGACGAAAAGCCAAAGACAUGAAGAAGGAAAAUGACGCUUCCAAGAGGCUCAAGAAGUUGAAGAAGAGUCUAGGAGGGGGGCUCAGACUGAUCUAUGAAUCGGAAGGGAGCGAGUGCGAAGGUACUGUGAAAGCGGCUUCAAAAACUGGAGACUGGGUUUACGUCGAACCAGACAUCGAGGGACUACCAGUUGGAAUUGCAGCUAUGAGCGAAGAGCUUUCUGGCGUCAAUUCUGGCGACAGAGUCCGAGUUAGAAUAGAAGGCGUUGAUGAAGAAAGAGGCCAAUUGUCACUGCAAGUGCUUGAGAAGCUGUAA